AUGAACGGUGGCUUGUGCCUGUGCGUGCUGAUGGCUGUCCUGGCGGCGGGCGCCCUGGCGCAGCCCGUGCCUCCCGCGGACCCCGCGGGCCCCUGGGCGCAGCAGGAGGACGAGGCCCCGCGGAGGCAGCUGAGGGCCGUGCGAAGAGUGAACGACGAGUCCCGAGCGCACCUGGGCGCGCUGCUGGCCAGGUACAUCCAGCAGUCUCGGAAAGCUCCUGCUGGCCGAACGUCUGUAAUCAAGAACCUGCAGAGCCUGGACCCCAGCCACAGGAUAAGUGACCGGGACUACAUGGGCUGGAUGGAUUUCGGCCGGCGCAGUGCCGAGGAGUAUGAAUACACCUCCUAG